AUGUGCUACACCCUCCUGUGGAGGGACUUGCUAAAAAGCCAGAGCAUGUUACCACUUAAUGAGCACUACAACAGGAUGUUCAACAUUACCAAAAUGAAUAAUCAAACUUCUUACCAUAUUCAUCCAAAACACAAGUUCAAACUAAAUGAUACACAUAAACCACCUGCCUUUCAGUACCACACAGCUUAUCCACGCAACUACCGCUUUAUCAUCAACCAUAAAGACGCCUGCACAACCAUGAACCCUUUUUUGGUCCUGAUGGUUCCAGUAGCGCCACACAACAUGGCGGCGCGUGAUGCCAUCCGCAAGACGUGGGGCAGUGAGAAAGUGGUCCAGGGUGAGAAGGUCCUGACUCUUUUUGUGCUCGGCCUCCCUAGUAAGGACAUCAACGGGCUUCAGGAGGAGGUCCGGCAGGAGAAUCUACAGUACGACGACCUGAUCCAAAGUAACUUCAUUGACAGUUACAUCAAUCUGACCAUCAAAACUAUGGUGAUCAUGGACUGGCUGGCCACCCAUUGCCGUAUAGCAGCAUAUGGCAUGAAGAUUGACUCGGACAUGUUCCUGAACAUUGACAAUCUGAUCAUAAUGUUACACAAGCCAGGCAUCCCCAAGGUGAACUACCUAACAGGGAGGAUUGCACGGGACAGGCCUGUUGUUCGUGCAAAUGACUCUAAAUGGUACGUCCCCAAAGAGAUGUAUCCAGACGAGACAUACCCACCUUACACUGUGGGCAUGGGGUAUUUGUUCUCUAAUGAUCUUCCAGAAAAAUUUGUGGAGAUUUCAAAAAUGAUCCCACCUUUUAACAUAGAAGACGCUUACAUCGGAAUGUGCAUGAAACAAUUAGGGCUUCGAAUUACAACGCCACCAAAAUACCCAAAGUUCAGGCGCUUUAAAACAAGGUUCAACCGGUGCAAAUUCUCCAAGGUCCUCACAUACAUUCUUCAGACUUCAGAAGAUCUGGUGAGGUUCUGGAGAGAAUUGAAGAAGCCUGGGCCACCAUGUUAG